AUGACAAUUGAAAAAGUACCCAUAUUGGGUAAAGAGUCUAUCCAUAUUGGAUAUGGGAUCCAACCACAUAUAGUUUCAGAAACAAUCACUAAUUUAGCCUCAUCAACUUAUGUUAUUAUAACUGAUAAAAAUAUGGCUAAAACUCAUACAUUUCAGAAAUUAAUUACAGAUUUUGAAUCAAACCUUUCUCAACUCCGUCCUGAAUCAAGAUUAUUAACCUAUUUUGUUUCUCCAGGUGAAAAUAAUAAAAAUAGAGAAACUAAAGCACAAGUUGAAGAUUUUUUAUUAAUAAAUGGAUGUACAAGAGAUACAGUAAUUUUAGCAGUUGGAGGUGGAGUUAUUGGAGAUAUGAUUGGAUUUGUUGCAGCAACUUUCAUGAGAGGAGUUAGAGUAGUACAAGUUCCAACAAGUUUAUUAGCAAUGGUUGACUCAUCAGUUGGUGGAAAAACUGCAAUUGAUACACCAUUAGGUAAAAAUUUCAUUGGUGCAUUUCAUCAACCUGAAUAUGUAUUUUGUGAUAUUUCAUUUUUAACAACAUUACCACCCAGACAAUUAAUUAAUGGUAUGGCGGAAGUUAUUAAAACUGCAGCUAUAUGGAAUGAAGAAGAAUUUACAAGAUUAGAAAAAUUUGCAAAACAAUUCAUAAAUGAAAUAACUUCAUCAACUCCAAAUUUGGAAAAUAUAAAACAAGAAUUGAUAACAACAGUAACAGAAUCUAUAAAAGUCAAAGCUGGUGUUGUUUCAGCUGAUGAAAAAGAAGGUGGGUUAAGAAAUUUAUUGAAUUUUGGUCAUACAAUUGGUCAUGCUAUUGAAGCUAUAUUAACUCCAGAAGCACUUCAUGGAGAAUGUGUGUCCAUUGGUAUGAUUAAAGAAGCAGAGUUAUCAAGAUAUUUGGGAAUACUACCACCAGUUGCAGUUGCAAGAUUACUGAAAUGUUUGAGUGCUUAUCAUUUACCAGUUUCAGUUGAUGAAAAAAACUUUUCAAAAAUUGUUGGUGGUAAAAAGAAUAAUUUAUUAAUAGAUCUGUUGAUCAAAAAAAUGUUGAUUGAUAAAAAAAAUGAUGGUAGUAAGAUUAAAUGUGUUUUACUUGAAAGAAUAGGUAGAUGCUAUGAAGAGAAAGCACAUCAAAUUUAUAAAGAGGAUUUACAGUUUGUUUUAACUGAUGAAGUUUAUGUCACUCCAUUUAAAAAUUUCCCAAAACAUGUCACAAUAACACCGCCAGGUUCAAAAUCAAUAUCAAAUAGAGCUUUAAUUUUAGCUGCUUUAGGUAGUGGUACUGUUAAAAUCAAAAAUUUAUUACAUUCUGAUGACACCAAACAUAUGUUGGAUGCUAUAUCAAUAUUAAAAGGUGCAACUAUAUCAUUUGAGGAUAAUGGAGAAACUGUAGUUGUUAAAGGAAACGGUGGUAAUUUACAAGCUGCAAGUGAAGAAUUAUAUUUGGGAAACGCAGGUACUGCGUCAAGAUUUUUAACAGCUGUUGCAUGUUUAGUAAGUAAAAGUACUAGCUCAUCUUCAAUAACUUUAACUGGUAAUUCGAGAAUGCAAGAACGACCAAUUGGAUCAUUAGUUGAUGCCUUAAAUUCGAAUGGUUCUGAUAUCAAAUACCUUAAAAAUGAAGGAUCAUUACCAUUAAAAAUUACUGCUGAUAACAAAUUUGAAGGUGGUAAAAUUGAAUUAGCUGCCACUAUAUCAUCUCAAUAUGUUUCUGCAAUUUUAAUGUGUGCUCCUUAUGCUCAAGAACCUGUUACUUUAUCACUUGUUGGUGGAAAGCCAAUAUCACAAUUGUACAUAGAUAUGACUUGCGAAAUGAUGAAACAAUUUGGUGUUGAAGUUACAAAAUCAGAAAAUUAUACUUAUCAUAUUCCAAAAGCAACUUAUAAAAAUCCAACCACAUACGUCAUUGAAUCUGAUGCAUCAUCAGCCACAUACCCAUUAGCUUUUGCAGCUUUAACAGGAUCAUCUUGUACAAUUCCAAAUAUUGGUUCUUCUUCUUUACAAGGUGAUGCUAGAUUUGCUGUUGAUGUAUUAAAACCAAUGGGAUGUAAAGUUGAACAAACUUCAAUUUCCACAACAGUAACUGGUCCACUAGAGGGCCAAUUAAAAGCAAUAACCGUGGAUAUGGAACCUAUGACAGAUGCAUUUUUAACAGCUUCAGUUGUUGCAGCAGUUUCAAAAGGUACUACAACUAUAACAGGAAUUGCAAAUCAAAGAGUUAAAGAAUGUAAUAGAAUUAAAGCAAUGGUUGAUGAAUUAGAAAAAUUUGGGGUUAAAUCACAUGAAAUCCCAGAUGGUAUAGUAAUUGAAGGUACCACCAACCUAAAAACUCCAUCAUUUGUUAAUACUUAUGAUGAUCAUAGAGUUGCCAUGUCAUUUUCAUUAUUAGCUGGUUUAUGUAAAGAGCCGGUUUUAAUUUUAGAAAGAUCUACUACUGGUAAAACUUGGCCAGGAUGGUGGGAUGUUUUACAUUCAAAUUUUGGUAUAACACUUGAAGGUCAUGAAACUGUUAAAACCACCAAGAAAACUAAUGAUAAAAGUAUUGUAGUUAUUGGAAUGAGAGCUGCAGGUAAAACUACAUUAUCAAAAUGGAUUGCUGAUUUACUUAAUUUUAAAUUUAUAGAUUUAGAUGAAUAUCUUGAAACAAAACUUGGCAUUGAUAUUAAAUCAUUAAUUAAAGAAAAAGGUUGGGAAUAUUUUAGAGAAGAAGAAUCUAAAGUUGCAAAAGAAGUAUUUGAUAAAUAUCCUACUGGUUAUGUUAUUUCAAGUGGUGGUGGAUUAGUUGAAAGUGAAAAAGCAAGGAUUUUACUUAAUAUUUAUGAUGGAAUUGUAUUACAUUUACAUCGUGAUUUAGAUGAAACAGUUACAUUUUUGAGUUCAGAUGCUACAAGACCAGCAUAUAGUUCAGAAGUUAAAGAUGUUUGGUUAAGAAGGGAAAAAUGGUAUCAUGAAUGUGCUAAUUAUUACUUUUAUUCUCCACAUUGUCAUACAACAAAAGAUUUUGAGAUUUUAAAGAAAACUUUUUUAAAAUUUAUAGCAAAAAUUACAGGAUUGGAAGAAUAUGAAAUUCCAAAUACUCGUUCCUCAUUUAUUACUUUAACAGCUUCAGAUUUAAAUGAUAUUGUGGAUAUACUCCCAAAAAUAACUGUUGGAGCAAAUGCAGUUGAAUAUAGAGUUGAUUUAAUUACUGAAAAUACAAAUACAACAUAUAUAGCUGAACAAAUUGGUUUAUUAAGAAAAAUAAUUGAUUUACCAAUAGUUUAUACCAUUAGAACUGAAUCACAAGGUGGUAAAUUUCCAAAUAAUGAUUAUAAAAACUUGAAGAAAUUAUUACUUUUUGGUAUUAAAAUUGGUGUUGAUCUUAUGGAUAUAGAAUUAAUAACUCCAUAUGAUAUAAUUGAAGAAAUUUUAAAUAAAAAGGGUAAUACAAAAUUAAUUGCAUCACAUCAUGAUUUUUCAGGUGAAUUUAAAUGGGAUAAUAUUGAAUGGGAAAAUAAAUAUAAUCAAGGAUUAUCAAUCAAUGCAGAUAUUAUAAAAUUAGUUGGUAAAGCAAAUGAAUUUGAAGAUAAUUUAUUAUUAGAAAAUUUUAGACAAAAUCAUAAUACAAAACCAAUUAUUGCAAUAAAUAUGGGACCAAAAGGUAAAUUAUCAAGAGUACUUAAUAAAACAUUAACACCAAUAACUCAUGAUUUAAUUAAAGAUAAACCAAUUGGAGUUGGUCAAUUAAGUUUAAAAGAAAUCAAUGAAGCAUAUUAUCAAAUUGGAGGAUUUAAUGAUAAAAAAUUUUAUGUUGUAGGAUCACCAAUACAACAUUCAAAAUCUCCAAUAUUACAUAAUACAGGAUAUAAAUCAUUAAAUUUACCAUAUAAAUUUGACUUAUUUGAAACUAAUGAUGCAGAAAAAGUUUAUAAAGAAAUUAUGUUAAAUUCAAAUUUUGGAGGAUUAGCAAUAACAAUACCAUUAAAAUUAGAUAUGAUGAAAUAUAUAACAGAAAUUUCAGAAUCAGGUAAAUUAAUUGGAGCUAUUAAUACAAUUAUACCAAAAGAUAAUGGAUUUUUAGGUGAUAAUACAGAUUGGGUUGGUAUAUCAGAUUCUUUUAAAAAUGCAGGAUUUUUUAAAUCAUCAACAAAUAACAACAAUGAUAAUAAUCAAAUAAAUGGUUUAGUAGUUGGAGGUGGUGGAACAUCAAGAGCAGCAAUAUAUGCAUUACAUAAAUUAGGGUGUAAAAAAAUAUAUUUAUUAAAUCGUACAAUUUCAAAAUUAAAAGAUAUAAUUGAUAAUUUCCCAAAAGAUUAUAAUCUUAAAAUUAUAAAUCAUGAAGAUAUAAAAAAUCAAAAUAUAAAUAAUAUAUCGUUAAUUGUAUCAUGUGUACCAGCUGAUAAACCAUUAGAUGAAAUUUUAAUAAAAAGUUUAGAAACAAUAUUAGAUAAUAAUAAUAAUAAUAAUAAUAAAUCAUCAUAUUUAUUAGAUGCUGCAUAUAAACCAAAAAUAACACCAAUAAUGAAAAUGAUAAAAGAUAAAUAUAAUUGGAAUAUAAUACCAGGUAUUGAAAUGUUAAUAAAUCAAGGUUAUGAACAAUUUAAAAUUCAUACAGACUUUAUACCACCUUAUGAUUUAAUUCAUAAAGCAGUUUCAGAAGAUUAA